AUGACUGUGGUGAACCUCAUCAUCCAGUCUUCACUGGUCGUUGUGGCCAUACACAUUGUAUGGCGAAUCUCACGGCGAAUCUUUGCGAGAACUCCUCUCGACAACAUACCUGGCCCACCUCCUGCACCGUUCUUGACAGGUCAUCUGCCGCAGUACUUCGACCGACAUGGCACCGAGUUCCAGAGACGAGUUGCUCACAACUACGGACCGGUCGUCAAGAUGCAGGGCAUGUUUGGUCAACCUCUAUUGUACAUAUACGACCCGAGAGCACUUCACACAAUGCUCAUCAAAGAAGCGUCUGAUUAUGACGAGGAGGAGUUGUUUGUGAGGACGAACACCCUCAUCUUUGGACCAGGCCUAAUCUCCGUACUGGGUGACCAACACCGGAAACAACGCAAGAUGUUGAACCCCGUAUUCUCUGCAGGCCAUAUGCGCGAUAUGCUGCCUAUUUUCUACAGUGUCACAGAGAAGCUGCGCGACACCUGGCUGGCGCGAGUCAAUGACGAACCACGCGAAUUAGACGUGCUGAACUGGAUGGGUCGCGCCGCCCUUGAGCUGAUCGCUCAAGGCGGCAUCGGCACGUCCCUGGACCCACUGGUUAACGACACCCCAGAUGCGUAUACAGGCGCACUGAAAGCCCUCGUACCGACCCUGUACGGCCUCGGCCUCCUCCGCUAUGCACUCCUCCUGCCAUAUAUAUGUGAAGUUGGCCCGGUAUGGUUCCGAAGGUGGCUCGUGAAUAUGAUACCCCACAAACGGCUCCAAGAGAUGAAGUACAUCGUCGACAUCAGUGCUCGCAAGUCCGUUGCUAUCUAUGAAGCAAAGAAGGAAGCUCUCCAGCACGGCGAGGAGGAAACGUCGAGGCAAGUGGCGGAAGGGAAGGACAUCUUCAGCAUCCUCAUGCGAGCGAACAUGGCAGCAUCAGAAGCGGACAGAUUGCCAGAGGACGAGGUUAUUGCACAGAUAACAACAAUGUUGUUUGCCGCCAUGGACACGACAUCCAACAGCACGUCGAUGGUCCUCGAACGCCUAGCACAACACCCAGACAUCGAAGACAAGCUGCGGAAGGAAGUCACCGAGGCUCAGAGUGCAGGACGACUGUCCUAUGAUGAGCUCAUGCGGUUGCCCCUCCUCGACGCUAUCGUCAGGGAAACCUUUCGAGUCGACCCGCUUGCUAACAUGAUCACACGACAACCCAUCAAGGACGUCGUCCUACCCUUGUCCGAACCCAUCCAAGGGCUCGACGGCAAGACGAUCCACGAGAUCUCCAUCCCAAAGGGCACGCCGAUCAUCAUUGGCGUCUUGGGCUGCAACACGGAUAAGGCGCUGUGGGGCGAAGACGCGCUGGUAUGGAAGCCGGAACGCUGGCUUUCGCCCCUUCCCAGUGCUGUCACAGAUGCGCCAAUCCCUGGGGUAUAUUCAAAUAUGAUGACGUUCUUGGGCGGUGGCAGAUCGUGCAUUGGAUUCAAGUUCGCCGAGCUGGAAAUGAAGGUCAUUCUAUCCGUGCUGCUAUCGACAUUCAAAUUUGAGUUGACCGACAAACCCGUUGUAUGGAACGUCGCCUCGGUACGAUACCCCACCGUAGGAACGGGUAGCAACUAUGCGGAGAUGCCGAUGAAGGUGAGCCUAGCGUAG